CGCCACAGUUAAGUAGGCUUUAUUCCUAGGAGGCAAGGUUGGUUCAACAUACACAAAUCAAUACAUGUGACUCAUCACCUAAACACAUGAUUAUUAAAAGGUAAAGUUAGAAUCAAAAUUUUCUGAAUCCUUGAAUUUUUCUCACUUCACUGUUUUAUAUCACACAGCCCUGUGCAUUCUGAUGUGUGUGUUUGGCAGUAAUGAGGAUCAUUUUUGACAAACUGAAAGCGCUGCCUAGUCCUGCGGUGGCUUGUGACUUUGAGCCCUAAAUGACAGGCAUAAGGUUAAUGCUGGACAUGAGAACCAAAGUGCUGCAGUUCAUCUCUUCCCCACCACUGGCCAGCUGUGGGACCUAGUGAACCUCGCUGGGCUCAGCCUCCUCAUCUGUAAGAUGGGGUAGUAGGACCAACUUCACAGGGCUGUUUUGAAGAUUAAGUGUGCAUGUUUACAGCUUAGAACAGUGCCAGGUCCUGUUUAAACAUUUACCUGACAAGACAACAGCAAAUGCAAUAAGCAGCCUUUCAGGAGGUUUCAUAAGCCAUCUUUUCUACCUGGACAAAUCAAAGUAAAGAGGGGCUGCUUUUGUCAGUUAAAUUUCUUUUAUGGAGGUAAUUGACUUCAUAUGAAGUAGUUGUGAUAAUGAUGGUAAAAGGGUAGGUACCAAUAAUUAUUGAGCAUUUGCUUUGCGGAGACCUUGUGCUCAGCAUUUUACUGUCUUGUUCAAUCUACAGCACAAUCCUGUGAAUGGGUCUUGUCAUUAUUAUUCCUAUUCCGGUUGAAACUGGCCUGAGGUAGAAGGUGGUGCAGGCAGAAUUAGAGCCCAGGGCAGUUUACAACUGAGUGUAAUCCUGAACACAUCUGAUCAUUUUAUUCAGAAUCUGUAGGGUAGUGGUAGGUAGUUGUGACUGGGUGGAAGAUUCCAUUUUACUUCUCUUCCCUCUGAAAGAUUUCAUAUCAAAUUCUUUUGAGGAUGUCAUAUCUUUUAAUGAAGGACUUAUAAACUAAGCAUUACAUGUAUGGAUUGCAAAUGUUCAAAUCUACUGUGACUUGGAAAAUAAAACCUGUGUCAAAGGGUGAGUUUAAUUUGGCUUUUCCCAGCUAGCAUACGAGCUGUCUGUUGGUUGGAGAUUAAUAGCAAAUCUCUUUUGUAUCUGAAUAGCAAUUCAGUUGACUUAUAAAACCUUGACAGUGAGCACAUUUUGAUUGAUAUUGAUAGUGUAAGAAACAUGUGGCAGCAGAAAUAAUAAAACAAGCCAUGUGUUUCCUUCAUCUUAGGAAGAACUAAGCCUUUUCAUGAGGGAAGCUGGAGACGGAAUUUUAAUUGUUCUGUUAAUUCGUUCAUUUAGUCCAAUUUUCUUUGUCACAGGGGAAAUUAGUCAAGACCAUUUCGGUUCCAUCUCAAUUCACUUAAUUCAACUGUUUCUUGCAUAUUUUAUUUUUACAGUUUACAAAUUGAACCCCUUGAAAUGGCUAAUCAUUUCCCAGCUAUUGUGUCAGUCAACAGAGCUGCUGUGCUUAAUAGCAAAUAGAAGGAUGUAUAAUUUUUCAUUGCUUUUCUUUGAUUUCACCAAGAUAGCUAUCUGAUGGAAAGUCCAGUUGGUUUUGAAGCUUAAUUUUCUCAGUCUAGAACCAUAGCAUUCUGGAUAUUUUUCAUCUUUUAACUUGUUGAUAAAGGUGACUUUUGCUUUACAUAUUAUUUUUUUGCUUACUCUCAAAAUCUGUUUAUGUCUAAUGAUGUGUAUUUUCUAAAGCAUGCCUCCCGAGGAAGGCUGGGCGGGCGUUAUCAUGGCGGUGUGAGGAAGAGCACUGGGACUGAGUUAGGAGACCUGGGUUGUAAUUCUGGCUCUGUGGCCAGAAUGACUUGUUGAACCUUGGGAAAAUGAUUUAUCUUUUCUGAGCCUCUGUUGUCCCAUUUGCAAAAGGGGAGUGUUGGGUUGAAUCAUCUCCAAUGCUGUUUUUAGAUCUAACAAUUCUGUUUUUCCAGGAGGCUCAGCUGGCAGCCAAAGCUGUAGCAUCCAGAAGGCAGCUUGGCCUGGGGCAGGUGGUGGGUUGCCAGUGGAGCCAAAUGGCUGGCCUCUUCCCUGAGGGCAGGUUGUCUUCCCGGUCAAGAAUGGCACUUAGAGAUUUGGAGAAAAGUGGUAUAUCAAGGAACAAUGACAUAGACUUAAAAGAAAUUAUAUUUGUCAUCCAGAGUCAAAGUAAUUCUUUUCAUGCAAAGAGAGCAGAGCAAUUAAAAAAAAGCAUCUUGAAACAGGCUGCAGAUCUUACACAGGAGCUCCCCAGUGUCCUCCUCCUUCAUCAGCUAGCUAAACAAGAAGGUGCAUGGACCAUACUUCCAUUAUUACCGCACUUUUCGGUAACAUAUAGCAGAAAUUCAUCAUGGAUUUUCUUCUGUGAAGAAGAGACAAGAAUACAGGUUCUAAAACUCUUGGAAACUCUCAGAAGAUAUGACUCCUCUAAGGAAUGGUUUUUAGGAAAAGCAUUACAUGAUGAAGAAUCUACAAUAAUUCACCAUUAUGCCUUUUCCGAGAAUCCUACAGUUUUUAAGUAUCCAGACUUUGCUGCAGGCUGGGCCUUAAGUAUUCCACUUGUAAACAAGCUUACCAAGAGACUAAAGAGUGAAUCCCUGAAAUCCGACUUUACAAUAGAUUUAAAACAUGAGAUUGCCCUCUACAUCUGGGACAAAGGCAGAGGACCUCCCCUGACCCCAGUGCCCGAGUUUUGUACCAAUGGUGUGGACCCCUACUGUGCUACCACAUUCCAUUCUUUUCUACCACUUUGUGGAAAGCCAGUGAAGAAGAAGGAUAUUUUUGUUGCAGUAAAAACAUGCAAGAAAUUUCAUGGUGACAGAAUACCUAUUGUUAAACAGACUUGGGAGAGCCAGACAAGUCUUAUUGAAUACUACAGUGACUAUACGGAAAGUUCCAUCCCUACUGUGGAUUUGGGAAUUCCUAACACAGAGAGAGGUCAUUGCGGAAAGACAUUUGCCAUUUUGGAAAGAUUUCUGAAUCGUAGCCAGGACAAAACAGCAUGGUUAGUCAUUGUGGAUGAUGAUACGUUAAUAAGUAUCUCCAGGCUCCAGCACCUGCUUAGCUGUUAUGACUCCAGCGAGCCUGUGUUUCUGGGAGAGCGCUAUGGCUACGGCCUGGGCACUGGUGGCUACAGCUACGUCACGGGAGGAGGAGGAAUGGUCUUCAGCAGAGAAGCCAUCAGGAGACUUCUUGCCAGUAAAUGUCGGUGCUACAGCAACGAUGCUCCCGACGAUAUGGUCCUGGGAAUGUGCUUUAGUGGCCUGGGAAUCCCUGUGACUCACAGCCCUCUCUUCCAUCAGGCUCGGCCAGUGGAUUACCCUAAGGACUACCUUUCUCAUCAGGUUCCCAUAUCAUUCCACAAACACUGGAACAUCGAUCCAGUGAAGGUGUAUUUUACAUGGUUGGCACCCAGUGAGGAACACAAAACCGGGCAGGAGACACAGAAAGGUUUGAGAGAGGAGUUAUAAAGCAGGGUGGCCUAUGGGCAUAGCCUGCGCAGGGAACAGAGUAGAGACUGGCCUCGCCCUGCUGUGCUGUGCUCACAACACUUCUGUCUGCCACAUGGCAUUGGAUGCUUCCUGACUUUAGGGCGAUAUUUUGUGUAUGGUAUUUUUUGACAGAGGAAGAAAAGGGGUCAUAGGAGAAUCAUUGUUUCUGGGAAAUAAUCACUUGCUUUUGACUUACACAGUUGUUGUAACGUGUAGUGAUGACUGUGUAUUCUCCAAGCUGUGAUACAGCAGUUUUAUUAUUGUCACAGGAAAAUAAGUGGUACCAGAAGUCCCUUUCCUGUUCUCUCUCUCCAUUAUAAUGGAAAUUUCAGUUGAGCAUGAGCCUGGAGAGAUGUGACUGUCUGCAGUUCUAUUUGUAUAUAUAAAAAGAAGAAAGUCUUUUGACAUGGAUAUUACAAUGGUAUGAACUUUUAAAUCAUAUUAUUGAUGAUGAAAAUUAUUUCCUGGGAACUCAGUAGGAAUAAUGCUGUAUUAAGGAAUAAUACUGUACAUAAGACAUCAUGAAAGUCUAGAUAUGAAAUCCCCUGAAGUCUGUAAUCAUGGUGGUUAUGUUUUAUCUAUUCUUUUGCUGUUUGUGCCUCAUAAAAAGAGAAUGAGGCCUUCUGCUAGAGCUUCCUAUUGCUUUAGAAGUUCGUCUGUGUUCUAUGUCUCCCUGAAGCCCUAUCUUUAUGGCCUACUUGUAACAUGAAAGUGUAGUGGAUGCUGCCAGGAAAUAGUGUCCUCAACAAUGGUGACGUGUUUAAGUCAGCCAGCUCUAUGUGAGUCUCAGGAAGUGAAUUAAAUUUGGACCUUAUGUUUUACUCUUUUUUUUUUUUUUUUUUUUUUAAUAUUACUUAAUGACUCUCCUGACUCAGAAGAGAAACCCUUUAUGGAAGGACGACAUGGUAUCUGGCAAUUUCUCUGGGUUUCCAAAAAAUGACAUUUGAACACAGUAUUUUGAAACAGCUCUAGUUUUCAAAUUGUAUCUUUAAUAUAUAGUAAUUUAACAUAUUGAGUAUUAUUGUAUAAAAAGCACUCUGUUUCAAAUUAUCCAGUUCAGUUUUUGUAAAGGUAUUUGCAUAAAAUUUGAUUUAAUAUGUCUUAAACUAAUUUUGGUACAGUAAAGUACUUCUUUUUUUUUCUUUUUAAUAAAAACUGUUACUUGUUAACUUUGCUUAUAAUGCUUUUUAUAGCCAAGCACAAAGUUUAAAGCCAUACCACCAAAAGUACCUGUGUGUUAAUAUGUUUUUCUUGUAGCAUAGAUUUGACUCAUUUGUAAAAUGAUGUAAUAGUACUUACCAUUUUUCCAAAUUAGCAAGUACCAGAUCUAGUGUGUUGCAGUGAUAACACAAUGCAUUGGAUUCAGUUUUGUGAAAAUGGAUUAUGUGGCCCGUCCAAGGAAUGUAUCAGGGAUGACCAGCUGAUGAGAGGCUCCACAAGGAUUUCUAGAUCGCAUCAAACUUCUACUGAUGGCCUCAAGCUUUGUCAUUGUAACUGAGAUUGUUGUCAUUGCUAACAUGGUAGUCACCUUCAUGUCAUCUAUAAUAAUACUUCUGGAGAGCCUGGCUGCCUGUACCAGUGGAAAAGAGUCUCCAGUUCUUCUGCUCUGGCCUACUAAGUGUUACCACUGAGAGAACAGCAUGUUCAUUUGAAAGGAUUGAAGCUGGCAUUCACAAAUGAAGAUCUGUGUCAAGCUUUCUUCUGUGGUCUGAUCAGUGCCUUCUACUGAUACCGGGGCACCUCCUCUGGUACGUUUAAGUGUUUUGUUAAUUAUGUUUACUUUUUGGAACUGUGUAAAUCUAACCACAAAUAAAAGAUCUUUGUGUAAGUUU